AUGCGGAGAGUUUAUCUGUCGAAAUACGAGAGAAAUGAUCCUCUGGAGAAAAAUUACUGGAGAGGACUCAUUGAGGAAAUUGAGGAUGCAUCCAAGAAGGGCAAACACAGACCACGGGGCACAGCAGAGCUCUUCCAACCAAUUCCGGAAAAACUCAAAAGUAGGAUUGGAAGGAUAAUCCCCUUGGAUUUCUUAACGGAUAAAUUCCAAAUUGACGAUGAUAUAUCAUCCGUUGGGGCUAAUACUGAAAAAUCCGAUGAUUCUGAGUCUUCAAUUAAGGGAAUUCUCAAGACAAAACUCUCAAAGAAGGAUGGCACGAAGAAUGAGAUUUUUGCAAUGAAAUUCGAAACUGUUGGCCUUCCCAAAAGGCUCGGAAUUGAGAAGAACAAUUGGAUAUCAGAAUACAUCCGGAAACCACGGAAGGAGCGAGUUAAGUGGCAAUCAAAGCUUCACCGGAUUAAUGAUAAAACGUGGCACCUCCAACCCCUACACGAUAAAGUUGAGGACCUCGUGGAUAUGGCAGCACAGGAUUUUAGUGACUGGCUCAAUUCCUUGGCCAGCGAUAAAUCCUCCCGCACUGUGACAAAGGAGAGGAUAAAACAGCUCUUCCCCGUUCUGGCAACCGGAGACUCCCUCCGUGGCCUCGAAGUAGACUACAAGGACCUCUACAUCCUGCCCGAGGAAAUCCUCGAGCAGUAUCGCCUUGGACAUGAGCGGAGUUUGCCACACAAUGUGGAACGCAUUCGACGUCGAGACGCCAUCGAGAAUCGAAAAGCGGAAAAAUACGUGGCCUUUGGGAAAAAUCUACCCGUUCAAUUGCGUCACAGGAAACGUGAGGUGCGCGAGGUGGAGCCGUCCAAGACAAUUUUCCCAGAGGACCUUCGCACGAGGGAGACACUUUUUAGGGGAAUUGAAAAUCUUCAAUCAACGAAACUUUUUAUUGAUCACCUGAAGAAACAUCCGGAACUCUCAAAGCCGGAAUAUCUCAUCAAACGCGGUGCAUUUGCAGCCUCUGAAGAACAUCAGAGAAAAUUUAGUCAUGUCCCUUUGAAGGAUCUUCUCUUUAAGACAAAUUAA